AUGUUGUUACUAGGUCAGUUUAGUUCAGCGGUGACUCUACUAGAGUACUACUGCUAUAAGAACAGCUGGGCUCUACCUGAGUACUACCUCUACUCUACGCCGGGACAAGAGGGGAAGCUACUGCUCAUAUACAAGGUGGGUAUCUUGUCUCAUUCAUUCAUUCAUUGUUAAUUAGUACUUUUUGUUCAUUCAUUAUUUUCACCACCUUUACUACUACAUACUAUUUAACAUACAAACAUUAAUCCAAAAACCUAGCCUGGCUGACGUGCGACCCCAUGUGACUACACAGCAAGCUGUGAAAUACUUUUGAGAGCUGGUGUCAGCCAGACUAAGAAAGACUGCCUCCCAUACUUUUUAAAUUGAUGUACCUCAUCAUACGGAGACCUUUGGAAGUAGUCUGGAAAGGCAGCAACCCAAGUUACAGCCAAGCAUUGGGAUCAUACUCUUAUCUCUGAACCAUGCUUAGUGGUUAAGAGCGUUGUGCCAGUAACCGAAAGGUCGCUGGUUCUAAUCCCCGAGCCGACUAGGUGAAAAAUCUGUCGUUGUGCCCUUGAGCAAGGCACUUAACCCUAAUUGCUCCUGUAAGUCGCUCUGGAUAAGAGCGUCUGCUAAAUGACUAAAAUUAAAAUUUCUUAGAUGAGGUAUAUUUUAUAAUUUGGGGAAAACAUCCUUUUAAUUCUCUCUCUGUGCGUGUGUUUUUUUGUCUGUUAGGUGGUGAUCUCGUCUACGAGGAGUAGCUUCAUGCCAGACAAGGUGUGUACAGUGUUGGAGGACGCUAAGGAGCUGGCAGCACAGAACGCACUCUGGAACCUGGGUUAGUUAACACACACGUACACUUGACACUUGUUAGAGCAGUGACUCACAACUGGUGGGUGGCCCGAUUUAAUAUGGCCCGCGGUGGAUUUUAGGGGAAAUUAUUAUUUUGGAUUAAAAAAAAAUAAAAAACGACUUCAGGCUCCACUUGAACGUCUAUACCUGGUUAAAACUAUGUCGAAAUUAUAAUGGGCCUAUGUCAUUUAAAAUAACUGCCCAUGGAAUUCCCGAUUUUUGUCUCUCUAGCCUGGAUGUUGCCCACCCCUGUGUUAGAGCAUACCAAUCAAUUGACCAUUUCCCCCCCCCUUCUCUACUCCCUCCCUCCAUCCCUCCCUCUCUCAGACUGUUCCUUCCUCAACGGUAGUUCCCCCGGAUCACUCUCUCCUCCUCUUCCUCCUCUCUCCUACGGUUCUCUCUCGCCUCCUGUCUCCAACGGUCCCGGUCUCCUCUCAUACGGCUGUACCAGAUCCUUCCCCUUUUCUCCUUACCCCCUCUCCCCUCUCUCCCCCCACCCUCCCCACCGCCCCACAGAGACUCUAUAUUCCCCCUAA